GCCUUACAGGCUUACUCAUUUUCAAAUUAUUUGUCGGGAUCAUUCUGUGCCAAUGCAACGGCUAGCUCCAUGCACCUCAUCUUUCUCAAAACCUUUUUUGGUUGCCUCUCCUCCGUCUCCCAUUUGCCCCUGGUGUUGGAAGGAGCCCUUGCUUGCUCCUUGUGCUUGCUCUCUCUUCUGGUUCCAUUUGUCUCGCCUGUCCAACAAUCGAAUCCACCACCAUGUCCGGUGCAGCAACCUUUUUGGAUGUGGUCACCAUCCUUUCCGGCGUCCUCAUGCUGUGUGUUGCCUUUAUCAUUCUGUACAACAAAAUGCCUGAAAUUGCAGAGGAAUGGCGCAUCUUGGUGGGCCAAGAAAACGGCGUCGUCUGCUGCCGAGAUCAGCGACAACGAGAAAUUGUGGCCAAAGCCAUGUACGAUAUUGAAAAGGGAAAGACUUGCAAGGACAAUCUCAAACCACCUCGUCCGCAAUCCACUCCUACAAAGGCAGCAACUGCGAGAAUCCAACAGGUGCCAACUUUCGAGUCUCCUGAGUCACAAGACAGCAGUAUUGAACUUGCCUUGAGAGAUGUCCAUGAUGACGACGACGACGACGAGCUGUACAAAGAUGACUAUGUUGCCAAAUUCAUGAAACAACGAAAACUGGCUAGAGCCGCGUCGUCGCCUUCCCAGAAAUCAGUCGCCGAUUCUUGUUCCGUCUACUUGGAAGGAUCUGUUCAAUCUGCCACUUCCACCAUGGAACCCAUGAGCUAUGCUCCCAUGUUUUCACCUGGAUCCAAAGUUGACAAAAUGACAAUGCCCGUAGAUGACGACGACGACCUCUCCACUUCCAUGUCCUACUCGCUAGACACCAUUGACAACAAAGAAAGCUUUUCUUCCUAUGCCAAGCCAACCAACUACAGCCACAUUGCAAGUCGCAUUGAUGACGACACCACCACCUGUCCAGGAACUCAGAUCAAUCCAUUCUCCUUUCUCUCCAAACACAACAUUACAUUGGCCACCAACGUCUCGGAGGAUCACAUCCACGCGGUCGAGAGCAAUCUCAAUGAAUCAUACGAAGAAUCUCUGCUGCAAGGGCGCACACAGCCCAAAACAACUCACACUCCCAUUCAAGAGGAGGAAGAAGAAGCAGUAGUACCUCUGGCCACCAAACAUUCAGAUGCCAGCAAAUACACUCGCCACUCGGAGAUGAGCAAGCGGUCCGAAAACAACAGCAAACACUCGGCAAUACUGUCUUCAGGAAAUAGCAAGCGUUCUGUUCUUUCCAGUGGCAUUAGCCCUGUGGUUGCGAGAUGUCUAGAGGUUACCAAUCACUCAGAGGAGGAACCACCAACGAUCCUCGCCAGCAGUCACUCAACUGGGCUGCGAACGGUGGACUCUUCCAACGUUGCCAGCAGGGAUUCCUUCUCGCCUCUGGCUCGGCGUAACGUGACAUUUUCCAGCACUUUGCUGGAUGAAUCCUCUUCGGAGGAUGCAGAACUUUCCCGAAAACAGUCACGGACGGACCUGGACCUCCGAAAGCCCAAAAUCACCAUUAUCACCAACAAGAGCUUGCUCAGCCUGGAUGACGAUGAUGAUGAUUCCGAUGAAACACCCUCUAUCGAAAAGGGCAUUACCCCCUACACUGUCUCUACCAGCGGAAUGUGGUCUUCCAGUGCCUCCAUGUCAGCACAAUCCAGCGACCUAGACGGUCACGAUGCAUCCUUCAGCACAUAUGCAGACUCGCUGCCCUCGGAUGAAGCAGCCGCCGACAGAAGAGAGUCUCCGCUGCAGGAUGUUCACUGCUGCAAAUCUGCCUCCUGUCAAACUUGUCGUUUUCCCGCACAGAACUCACCCACCUUCCUGUCAACCUCCAUACCUUCAACUGGAGAACAUUAUACCCUGGAACGAAAGCUUCCUGCGCGCUGGUGGGAUUCGCAGCUUGCCAGCUAUGGGCACCUCAAAUCGUACGUUUCCAAGAUUCUACUGUCCUCUGAUACAACAGACGAGCCAGGGUCGAGUAGCGUCGUGUUGAAUGGGAGCGUGGAAGACCACCCUUUUGACGAGUCGUGAGGGUGUUGAAACAGAAAAAUGGAACGAAGUCAAAGCUGAGGGUCAACUAACUAACUAUCUAACGCCCCGUUGGGUGUGACUUUCAUUGCUAGUAUCGUAGCAAGUCAAUACCAACAGUUCCCAACAAGCUAGCGGUCGAGGUGCCGAUAUACAAAACUGAAUAAUUCAAUCAGCCUUCACCUCUUUUGCCAAUCAUAGUUCCACACCGUUCGGUUUGGUCUGGCUAUACUAAAAUGUACAUGUAAGCUUGCUUUUUUAUUUGGUCUACU